ACUUGCACAAAAACUCAAACAAAACAAGAAACUGAAAAAAAAAAAAAACAAUCUUUUUUUCUUUUACUCUCUCCUCCUGCCUUUUGGUUUCUGCAUCUCUUUCCUCUCUUGAUCCAUUUCCAUGGUAUUGUGUGGUUUUUGAGGAAAACAUUAAAAAACCCAUAUGCCCCUUAUUGAUUGUAAUUGAUUCUUGAAUAAAAAAAUCUUUAGUUUCUUGGAGGGUAUUGAAAAACAUUUUUGCUGUCUGCCGAAUCUCCAAUGCGGUCUUUGAGAAGACCACAGAGACAAGAACAUAGCAUCAAUAGGAACACAACCCAGAAAGGAAAUAGCAGUGGUGGAUCUCAGAGAGGAAUAGAGAGAUUAGAUAACAAGGGGCGUGGAUCUGAUGGUGGGUGGGGCAUUAUUGGGAUUGGAAGGAGUCAAGCAGCUGGUACUUUAUUGUUGUGGAGGUGGUGCUGCUAGGUUAGUGGUGGUGGGGCUGCAUUGGAAAGGAAUAUGCAGCUUCACAUCUCGCCUAGCAUGAGAAGCAUCACGAUAUCGAGCAGCAGCAGCAAUGGGUUUAUUGACUUGAUGAAGAUCAAGGUCGCAUCUCGCCACAUCUCUUAUCGAACCCUUUUUCAUACUAUCCUUAUUCUCGCUUUUCUGUUGCCAUUUGUCUUCAUUCUCACCGCAAUUGUUACCCUUGAAGGUGUCAACAAGUGUUCUUCAUUUGAUUGUUUAGGUAGGCGACUGGGGCCAAGGUUUCUGGGUAGAGUGGAUGAUUCAGGGCAGAGACUGGAAAAAGACUUAUACAAGAUUCUCAAUCAAGUGAACAAUGAGGAAAUCCCAGAUGGUCUAAAGCUCCCAGAUUCUUAUAACCAACUUGUAUCUGAAAUAAUGAGCAAAAAGUAUGAUGCAAAAACAUUUGCUUUCAUGCUGAGGGCAAUGAUGGAGAAAUUUGAAAGGGAAAUCAGGGAAUCUAAAUUUUCAGAGCUGAUGAACAAACACUUUGCCGCAAGUUCCAUUCCCAAAGGCAUCCACUGUCUUUCUCUACGUUUGACUGAUGAAUAUUCCUCCAAUGCUCAUGCACGGAAACAAUUGCCUUCUCCAGAGUUGCUUCCUUUGCUUUCUGAUAAUUCUUACCAUCAUUUUGUUCUGUCCACUGAUAACAUUUUAGCUGCUUCAGUUGUUGUAUCUUCUACUGUCCAGUCAUCUCUAAAACCUGAAAAGAUAGUCUUUCAUGUCAUUACUGACAAGAAAACUUACGCGGGUAUGCACUCAUGGUUUGCACUAAAUUCAGUUGCCCCUGCUAUUGUUGAAGUGAAAGGUGUUCACCAGUUUGACUGGUUAACAAGGGAGAAUGUUCCUGUGCUCGAAGCUGUUGAGAACCAUACUGGUAUCAGGAAUUACUACCAUGGGAAUCACAUUGCAGGGACCAAUCUCAGUACUACAACUCCACGAAUGUUUGCUUCAAAAUUGCAGGCUAGAAGUCCGAAGUACAUAUCCUUGCUCAACCAUCUCCGCAUUUAUUUACCUGAGCUCUUUCCAAACCUUGACAAGGUGGUCUUCUUGGAUGAUGAUGUUGUCAUUCAGCGUGAUUUGUCUCCACUUUGGGAAAUUGACCUUGGGGGAAAGGUUAAUGGAGCCGUUGAAACUUGUAAAGGAGAAGAUGAUUGGGUAAUGUCUAAGCAUUUCAAAAAUUACUUCAAUUUUUCUCAUCCCCUGGUUGCCAAGAAUUUGGACCCUAAUGAAUGUGCAUGGGCGUACGGGAUGAAUAUAUUCGAUCUCCGUGCUUGGAGGAAAACAAAUAUUAGAGAAACCUAUCAUUCUUGGCUGAAAGAUAACUUGAAGUCAGACCUGACAAUGUGGAAACUUGGUACCCUACCACCAGCGUUAAUUGCAUUUAAAGGUCAUGUUCACCCAAUAGAUCCAUCUUGGCAUAUGCUCGGCUUGGGCUAUCAGAACAAGACCAACAUUGAGAGUGUGAAAAAGGCUGCUGUUAUUCACUAUAAUGGCCAGUCAAAACCAUGGCUGCAGAUUGGUUUUGAGCAUCUCCGGCCAUUUUGGACUAAGUAUGUUAAUUACACCAAUGAUUUUGUGAGAAACUGCCACAUCUUGAAGUCAUAGCUGAUCAACCAUAGGUUCAUAGCUGCUAGAAACUAGAGGUGGAACAGGACAAGUGAUUUUUCAGUUAUUUCAUGGCUUGUGAUUUUUGAUGAGAUUUAUUUGAGAAGGCAAGCAGAACUUUGUCACGAAGGCCAGAGUUUAAGGUCCGAAUUCACUGGCAUCCCUCGCUAUUUCAUGAAAAGGCCUGCAUCACUAGCACAGGCAUGACAUUCAUUCUUUCGAUUUGUAACAUAGCAAUCCAUCAGUUAAUCUUUUGGUUGGAAAAAAAGGAUACUAUUAUUGGUCUUCCUGCAGGAUGUCUAGCCUGAUUUCUUGCACAUAUAAUUCGAAUAAAGUGAUAUAUACAGAGUGCAUAUGUGAAUACAUGCAAGGAAGAGGAAGGCUAGGAUGGAUCUUUUGUGAGGGCUGCCAUUUUAGCCCAAAAAUAUUCUCCCUUCAUUUUUUUGUUCUCCUGUCGUUUCAUUUUUGUUAGCAUGUCCCAUUUUUUCCCUGUUACUCUGAUAUGAUGAUGGUGAAGUUUUAGGAGUAGGUAAUGGAGAUUGCUUUGUUACAGGUCCCAUUGAAUUGGGGAGGAACUGUUUGUAGGAGUAUUUGUUAUGUACGAUUCACGAGAUAUACAUUUAAAAUGUGCAGAAAAUUCUUUUUCCAUACC